CUCUUUGAAAGAAGAAUGGUAAAGUUGAUUAAUUCCUUACUUUUUCAAUGCUUGGCUCAUAUAGGUUUUGGUCGGAUUGGAAGAUUGGUUUUACGAGUAGCAAUAUUCAGGGAUGACAUUGACGUGGUGGUAGUGAAUGAUCCUUUUAUUGAUGCUAAAUACAUGGCCUACAUGUUUAAAUAUGACUCUACUCAUGGAUUAUUCAAAGGAAGCAUUAAGGUUGUAGAUGAUUCAACCUUAGAAAUCAAUGGGAAGCAGAUUAAGGUUGUGAGUAAAAGGGACCCUGCUGAGAUUCCUUGGGGUGAUUAUGGAGCUGAGUAUGUUGUUGAAUCUUCCGGUGUUUUCACAACAAUUGACAAAGCUUUAGCACAUAAGAAGGGUGGAGCCAAGAAAGUAGUUUUAUCAGCUCCAUCAGCUGAUGCUCCCAUGUUUGUGGUUAAAGUAAAUGAGCAGACAUACAAGCCAAACAUGGACAUUGUUUCAAAUGCAAGUUGUACUACCAACUGUCUUGCUCCUCUUGCUAAGGCUGUUCAUGAGGAAUUUGGUAUUCUUGAAGGUUUAAUGACAACUGUUCAUGCAACUACAGCAACACAGAAGACUGUUGAUGGCCCAUCAAUGAAGGAUUGGAAAGGAGGUCGUGGAGCUGGACAAAAUAUCAUUCCUAGUUCUACUGGUGCUGCAAAGGCUGUUGGAAAGGUUCUCCCAUAACUGAAUGGAAAACUUACCGGAAUGGCCUUCCAUGUUCCAACUCCUAAUGUCUCGGUGGUGGACACAAGGUAUAAUUUUGUUGGUGA